AUGAAUGCGCAUGAAGCCUACCCGCCGCUGCCGCCCUCCCCAGAAAUUCCUUCAGAGCCGCUUGCGCCCAGUCGAACCAGCCGAGCUCCCCCUUACAUUCAUGCGCUUCCUAUGAUAACAUCUCCUUCUGCUCCGAGCCUCCGCCAUCACUCACAGAGCCGCGGGCAUAGGUAUAGCAGGAGCAUAAACUCAGGGGAUAAUCCACCGCCUCUUCCUCUUCCAAGCGAGGCAAUUGAUGCUGGCUAUGCGAGUAACAACGAAUGCUCGGAUAAUCGAACCGAAGCUAUCAUUCGUCAGUGGAGGACAAAGCGCCAUGAGAGCGAUCCCGGGCUAUUAGGGAAAAGCAGAGAAAAAAAUGAGACCUCACCUUCUCUCCCCGAUAAUCCACGGAUAUGGACCCCGUCUCAGUUAGCGCAAUACUUGCUCACCGCCCUCAGGUUCAAACCCAACCAAUCUUCGGAGACUGUACCCGUCCCAAAGCCAGUUGCCCAAGAUAUUGCAAAUUUUGUGGUCAAGUAUAAGUUAAAUGGUCGGGUCUUUCUGCGCUUGCAGGACAAGGAUAUUGAGGAGAUGGGAAUCAACCAACUUUGGAGGACUGUCCUCAUGUCCUCAUCACUGGAACUACGCAAAAGUCUCCUCAAGGGGCGGAUUUGGGGAUUCGGGUGUGAUAACGUUGAAGAGUGUUCUGAUCAGCCUACGCUCGAACACGGGCGUCGUGUACCAAGUACCGUUCUGGAGCGUGAAGAAACAAGCAACCGGAAAUCUGCGUCCGUAUACUCCGAGCCUGCUCCCUUAUACAAAUCACAAGACCUCAACACUCUCCGAUCGGGUGGAUAUAUACCCCCCAGCUCCCCCACGCUUACUUUUAACUCUGAUGCAUCCAACUAUAUCGCCUCAUACCGCUCCACUCGUCCGCGUGCUGAAUCCAUUUCUUCGGUCGCAAGUUCAUCCGCUGGACGGGUUCGAGAAAUAGUGCAAAACCUGGAACGAGCAGCAAGCUCAUCAGAAGAUGCCAUUUCUGGAAAUGAAGAUGCGGGUUUUGCCAGCAGUGAGGUGACCUCGGAAAGCGACGAAGAUCACGAAUCUAGGCUGGACGCAAACAGCAGAAAUCUUAGCUAUGCGAUUGAUGGCCCGACGAAGAACGAGGCCACACAUCCUCAGUUAUCGACCCCUCAAUCAAAUGGGGUUUCAGCGGUUGACUCUCCGGUGGCCUCGCAUACAUCGAAGACGUCACGAGCGAGCACCUCUGACUUCAUCGAAACUCCAUCAUCUCCAUCAUCCAUGGAUUUACUCGCAGUCGCUCAGUCAAGGGAGUUACCGAACUUAUCGAGAAAAGAUUUCAGCAACUCGAUGACCAAGAAUAUAUUAGCUGAAGAACCCACCAUUGAGGCCCUUCUCGGAGAAGAAGGGAACGCUUAUGAGGGGCGCCCCCGCGCAACCUCAUGGGGAGCCAAGGCGUGGGAGGAGGAAUUCCUAGGAGGCACUAGUCGCCGCGUGCCUGCCAUCGAAAUACCGAAGACGAGCGCCAAACCCCUGGCAGAUAUCGGGCGUACUCAAGAGAUGAUCACAGUUCCUCGUUCCGUCUGGGAUACUUUGUGCAGGCGCUUGGAUGACACUGAGCGCAGAAUAGCCCUACUCGAAAUGCAAGAAGCCGAACGAAAGGGGGAGGUGGAAUUACUUACUGGCUGGAACUUCUCUGAUGAUCCUAAUAUUCCAAGGGCCAAAUCACCUGGGAGUUUCUCGGUGGUCACACUGUCUCCUUAUCUUGUAAUAGUUGGAGUAGGUGUUUGUGCCCUGGUUGCUGAAUAUGUGUUUGGACACAUGGCAGGGCGAAGGUCUCGCUCUUGA